UCAAAAAGAUACCUAUCGAAAGAAAAAACCUCACCUCCGCCAUUUAAAUAAUUGUGUUCUUCAGUGAUAAAUCGUUGAGCGAGUCGUGCUUGGUGUUGAAUCUAAAUUUUAGUCGUUUUUUAAAAGUUUGGAAGUUAAUUUGGUUUAUAAAACUAUAUUUCACAAUGUCUGAUGAAAAGAAGGGAUCCGAAACUGAACACAUCAACUUGAAAGUCUUGGGACAAGACAAUGCUGUCGUCCAGUUUAAAAUCAAAAAGCAUACCCCACUGCGAAAACUGAUGAAUGCUUAUUGUGAUCGAGCGGGUCUAUCCAUGCAAGUGGUUCGGUUUCGAUUCGAUGGACAGCCAAUAAAUGAAAACGACACACCAACUUCGCUUGAGAUGGAAGAAGGCGAUACAAUCGAAGUCUACCAACAACAGACGGGUGGUUGCCUAAUUAAAACCCAAGAUUUAUCAUAUUAAAACUAAAAAAAAACUAUUCCUCUUUAAUAAAUACAAUAAAAAAAAACAAAACAAAAUUAAUAUUAAAACAAAAAUAAACGGAAUAUCAUUCUUUUAA